AUGGCCGCGAUAUUCACGCUUCCCGUCGAGCUCAUCUCCCGUAUCUUCACCAUCGGGGUCGAAGAACAGCCUGAACCCGAAAAGUUGCCUCCUGCAACACAUACAUUCGAAGUCCUCGUCUCCCACGUCUGCCGCCAUUGGCGAGACGUUGCACUUCAUACGCCAGGACUAUGGACGAAUAUUCACUUCCGUACCAUCGCGCACAUGACUCGCGCAAAAGAAUAUCUUGUGCGUAGCCACCAUCAUCUCCUCAACAUCGACGUGGAUACAACAUCCGAAGAGGAGCACCAACCAGGCUACACCCUCUUCCGAGAAGAGUUCGACAAGGUGUUUAACAUAGUCGUACCUCACAUCGACCGCUGGCUGUCCCUGUCUCUCAAAGUACGCGACCUGGAAUGCAAAGCUGGAGCUCGACGCGUCUUAAACACUUGCGGACCCGCUCCGCAUCUUCAACACUUGCAGCUAUGGCAUAUCGAAGAUUGGGGUACGGCCGAACGUCUCUAUACAGCAAUUGGUCCUCCUCCCGUCGUAGUCUUCGAUGGCAAGCUUCCCUCCCUCCGUUCAAUCUCCCUCAUAGGCGUUAACCUCCCUUGGAUUAAUUCACCCUUCUUGCAAAACCUUACUUCGAUCGAACUGGCACUCCACUCCGACGAAGUUCGGAUCCCAUAUGAUCUUUGGUACAGAAUGCUCGCACAAUCUCCACACCUCCUCAAACUGUCGCUCCAUUAUUCUGGUCCCAGGCUUGGCCCAAGUGGUGGCGUUGAUUGGUCAGAAGAAAAGAUCCAUUUGCCAAGCUUGAAGGAAUUGAGCUUGACCGAUAUGGAUAAUCCAGAGUAUGUCAUGAAGUUGUUCAGACUCAUGAGUGCACCAGAUGUUAGGGUGCUCAGGUUGGAGGCUCCAGUAGACCAGGAUUUCACACCUUUUCUCGAGUACCUUGCCGACCCCCCUUCGGAUGAGAGUGAAUCCUCGCAUCCACAAUCACCCGAGCCUCUGUCUACCACCUCAGACGUCGAUGAUACCUACCGAUCACCCACGUUUGAAUCCCCUUCAAGCGUUUCCUCCCCAUCCUCUCCCUUUCCCCCUUCUCGUUCAACUCAAAGAAAACCAGGCCCAGUUUUUCCCUUGCUCGAGUCUCUGACAAUCGGUGCGCUCGAGUGUUCACCAAGGUCAUGGCACACAUUCCUACAACGUUCUCACAAGCUGGAACGACUGGACCUAGACCUGUCCAGGAUGCACAAGAGCUUGUUUGACGCAUUGUUCUCAGAGACUUCUGGAGUUGGCGUGAAUGGAACGAAUGGAACGAGUCAUACGAAGGGGAAGGGAAAAGAGCGGGCUUUGGAUGGGUAUCCUUCUCACAUGCCUCCUACUGCUUCUUCUUCUGCUUCGACAUCAUCAUCGGUUUCAUCGUCGCCUUCCCAUUCCCAGUCAAACGGUUCAAGUGUAUCCCUUCGCCAUCAACGGCUUGUCGCACAUUCCUCGGACCAACAUGACGUCACCCUCCAGACGAAUGACAACGCUUCGAACUGCUCUUGCCUCUUACCCAACCUCCAGACCGUCCGAUUCACGGGUCUAGAUGCAGAUCGAGUCUGUGAAUACAUUCGUUUCCGCCGAUCACUAAUAACCUCGUUGAGGAAUGCGGGGCAUGUGAGCAGGAUGAGAAAGUGGAUCUUGGAAGAACGGUUGAGGGAUGAGGGGAUGUUGAUGUGGAUGAGGGAAAACGGGUUGAUGGAGGUUAACCCGCCGCCGCUUUCGAGUACCUCGACCUCGACCUCGCAGAGAGGGUCUGGAGCGGUAGAGUGGGAUGGGGACGAGGAGAAGGAGAGGGUGGAGUGGUUUAGGGAUGAUGAAGAUGAGGAACUUGGUGAGGAGGAGGAAAUCGUGGAAGGUGAGGGCGAAGAGGAGGAGUAUACUGAAGAAGAGGAACAGGAGGACGAAGAAGGCGAGGAGGACAGUUAGGUCUUCGUUGCUGAGGGUGUUCGCCGAUGUUUCUUUUGGGUCCCUCGUGCGUUUUUUUACUUUUGUGUUUUACUUUUUCUUUCUUGCAUACAGUUUCUUCGUUUUCACAUACAACCCCCAUUCCUAUCCGCCAUAUAUCAUCACUUCGCAUUGGCUCGGGCGCGUAACCUGAAUACGCAACAAUCAUCUUUAUGGCAGUAUAUCACGAUUUUCAUUCAUUCUUGCAUUUUUUUUUUCUAUCCUUCACAUAUUCCGUUAUCACGUAUACUCCGGGUGGAUCUCCGAAACACUGUACUGUUGAACAUGUCCAAGGUCGAGAAUGUCUUUCGUCUAGCGCUUCCUGUACAAUGUAGGGUCUUUGCUUCGCGGCGUU